CCAAGCAGGUUUCCAGGAAAAGAUGCAAGAAUUCCGCCUAGGCUUAUCUUUUGUUGUUCAUUUUUGUAGUGGAAAUGAUGGAAGUUAUUUAAUUAAAUCAAGAAACAGCGUUGGUUAUGAAGAAACAGGAUGCCAUAGUGGUGGCGUGGCGAUUCCUGAAACAGACUGCACAGGGAGUGGAUGGACAUACAUAGGGGAUUUGUUUAGCAACCAAAACACUGUAAUUAAAUCAGUUUAAUUAUUAUAUACCAAUAGUCAAAGUUGGUAUAAAAGUCACGAAAUUUGAUUGUUUCCUGGCAAAAGCUCUGAGCGGUGGACAUUAUUUUUAUUCGCCUGUGAAUAUCGUCGAGUUAUUUUCUUUGACACUUGGUAUAUAAUAAAAAAAUACUUAUUGACUGUGACUUUCGGGAAACACUAUGUUUUGUGGACUAUGGACUGCUGACGUUUCCAGAGCCGUUGCCCCCCUCCCCUCCACUAAACCUCUGCAAUAUUUUUCCCCUCCACUAAACCUCUAGUGCAAUAUUUUCGUUUACACCCAGGGUCGUAGCGACCGGAGGAUGUAUAGGGUCAGGAUAAGAAUUAGGGUUAGUAUUCAUCAUUGAACUAUAAGUUCGCCGCCAUCAUCUUUGAAGCCGGCCAUGAGCGUUUUCUGCAGGUAGCCCCACUGCCCCAGUCCUUUUUUACAAAAUAGAUGCGAAAAAUACAGCUUAAAAAUCGUUAAUAUUUUCUCAUUUUUACUUUUUUCAACGGAAUUUAUAUUUAUCGUAGAGCACACUUGGACAACACAACUUUUAUCUAAGGCACAUAAUAUAUGUCAGGGUUCGUAGUCUCCAAGACCAAACUGAAAUUCAAAGACUUUCAAAGAUUUAUUCUGCCUAUUUUCAAAGACUUUUCAAAGACCUUUGAAGGCAAUCAGCUGCCGAAAAGUUGCGAGUGUACGUAAGCACCAUUUUUACCCAGUAAUUAGUCCCGUCAAAUCACAUCCUAAAAUGCGCCUUUUCGUCGAUAUCUGCAAAAAAUCUUGCUUCAAUCCAUCUAUUUUAUUAGCUAGGAAAUCGUAUAAUCAAAUACUCAAUAAAGAAUUUAAAGACUUUCUUCGCUUUUUCACACAAUUCCAAGACUUUUCAAAGACCUUAAAGACCUGCGUUCAAAUUUAAAGACUUUCAAGGAUUUCAAAGACCGCUACGAACCCUGAUAAAAUAUGUAAAUAUUGUUUAUCCGUCGAAAUAUGACACGGACAAAACGAAACUCGGCAAAAAACCGAGCGAAAAUGUAUGACUAUGUCUAUGGUUUUUCUGAGACCUUCUGAGUUUUUAGAUUUUCCAGGAAGAGUUCAAAAACAAUUUUAUACAAUUUAUGUAGAAAAAUCUUAGAUACAGUUGUUAAUGGAUGUCCACACAUUGAGAAACGUACCUUAAUAACUAAAGUUAAAAAAACUUAAAAUUAAGGAUUAAAUUAGUGAAAACACUUCGUAAAAAAAAUCAGUAUUUAUUUUCGUAUACAUAUACCUGCGAACAGGCUAUACUUGAGCGCCCGAAAUUUGGUUUCACCCAAACAUAGGCCUUUAUCAUAGGAGUCCCAGUUUACUUAUAGUUCGAUGGUAUUCAUAAACAGCGAGACACGAGUCUUUUCUCGACAAUUUUAUUCGCCGAAGCAAGGAAAUAGACUUUAAAGUAUGUCAUAUUAAAAAAAUAUAUUUCGCUGAUUCUCAGCCUCUUCAGUUUGACGCCAUAUUGAAAAAAAAAGUUUGACGCAAGAUAAUGUGCAGACGACAAAAAUUUUAAAUAUGUCUUCGUCAUCGUACUUCGUUGAAUCGUUGUCGUGAUCAGACUCUCUAGUUAUUUGAGACGGCUCCUUAAAAUUGCCAAAAUUUAAAAUCGUUGCUCUGUGAAAAAAAUUCAUCAGCAGUGUUACAAUUUCUCGUUAUUCUAGAACGACACGAGCUACGACUCUGCAGUUUGGACUGCAAAAGGAGAAAACCAGACUCAAUUUAAUUCACAUUUCUGGAGUGCUAACGUGACUGAGGUGUGCUUAACCUCAUCUGGAUUUGGUAUUCAACUUCCCGUGAUAGGUCCGUCGCUGCGCAGUUUAUUUUUCGAAAACAUCACAUUGGAAAUACCUAUACAACAAUGGAUUGAUGGUAUCAAAAUCGAUGCCUCGCAACUUAACUUCACUAACGGUUGUUUUAAAAGUGGUUUCAACGUGGGGGAUCCAAAUUCUGUUCGUGCUCGUUUAGGGGUUGUCAGCGUGGUUCCUCACGCGGGUAAGUAAGGCCUGGUUCAAAAGUCGCAUUUUGUUCAAUGCAUUUUGCAUAUACAGCCAAUUCAAAAAAGGUUGUCCUUUGCAAACCCUAAACUCUAAACCUUAAACUUUAAACUCUGAGCGCGCAAAGCUUAAUGGGAGCACAAGUUUCAAGAAUGAAUGUUGCAGCUAUUUGUAAAUGAAUUGUUUUCAUAAGGAAAUAUUUACCAUGUCUUUACGAAAUGGGCCCAUUAUAUGAUUUCUAUAAACUGAUUAAAUGAUGCUCCCAUUAUGCUUUGCACGCCUGAGUUUAAGGUUUACAACCUUUUUUGAAUCAGCUGUAUAUGUCGAAUACAAUUCGCAUUAGAUUUAAGCAAAUUGAAUUAAUGGAAAAUUCAACACCCGUGUCAAACAAAUUUUGAAACGUCGAAUUUUGCAUGCUUCGAAUUCAAUUCGUCUUGGGCGUUGCCUGGAAAGACGUAAAGCUUGAGACAUUAAUCUCGUUUAUAAGAAUAUUAAGGCUGAAAUAGGCAAAAUUUUAAGAAUUUACUAAGAAUACAUCCAAGAUCGUUAAAAGAACAUCUUUCAGAGUAUGAAAGUAUAUGCUAUCUUUAAAAGGAAGAACGGGAAAUCGAGCAUAUCGGGGAAUAGCUCGGGGAAUAUCAUAUUCCCCCUUUCAAAGAUCUUUAAAAGGGGGAAUAUGAUAUUAUUCCCCAUUUAUUAUAUGGCAAGCAUUUGUUUUGAUGAAUCGCGCAAUUUGAUUGGCUGCUGACGAGGCAGGAUUUUCCCGUAUUGCCCACGGGCAAUACGCAAUUUUUUUGCCCCGCGACAAGAGCCGAGUUUCAAACGGCAAAAAGUGUCUAAAAGUCUUUCAAAACUAUUCAAAACGAAGAAAAAUAAACCUAAACUAAAGAAAAGGAGCACCUUCUUUGGAUAAAGAACUUUCUCAAUAUGUUUUUGUUAGCGAAAGUCGAAAUUACAAGGUAAAUUUUACAAUGUUUAUAACUAUUAAAGAAGUCAGGAAUAGCUGUGUUUUGACUUUGUGAAGAGCUGCAAAUCUUAUUUGCAGAUAGCCGAGGAAUUUGACACCAUCCUAAAUAAAAAAUACAACUAAAGCAGCCACAGACUUAUAUUUUUUCCCUGAAAAUUUCUGGGGUUUUUCGAUAAAAAGAGAUAUAUUUAUGAGAUGAAGCGAACUAAAACCGUACUUGUCCAUACUGUUUAUUAAUUUUAUUGUUUUCAUAUUUGUUGUCUUUGUCUUUGAUUAAAUGACGAAAUACCUCGUAUUUUUCUUGAAAUACUAUCCAACUGUGUUAGUAUUCUAUAUAAAAAUUGCUGUAGAGUAGUUUUACUAACCAAGCUUGAGAACAUUUUUUACAAUUGUUCUUUCUUGCAAAUGUUUCGGACUUUGUACUUUGCCCUCGCGUGUCCUUUUUUACCCAUUUUUUACAAACGUACAAUGCCAUAUAAUAAAAAAACUUACUGACCUCAACCGUUCGGGCAGUACGGGAAAAUAUCCAACCUCGGUCUUGCUGUAUUGACCUCGCUAUCGCUCGUUCAAUACAGCAAGACCUCGGUUGGAUAUUUUCCCGUACUGCCCUCACUCUCGGUCAGUAAGUUAUUAAUAUUCCACCUUUUAAAAUUCUUUAAACGGGGGGAUAUGAUAUUCCCCGAGAUAUUCCCCGUUCCUCCAUUCCUCGUUCCCCCUUGUGAAGAUAGCCUGAAAGUAUAUGCUAUGCUCUGACGUAUAUAUUACAAACAGCUGCAAAAGUACCUUAUGGUACUGUACUCCGAAAUUUAAGAAUGCCGUAAAAAUAUUUUAAGCUCAACUUUAUCAGUGUAGCUCGCUACAGCUAUACAGUUUUCGGUAAAAGUAUAGUCAAAAACUACUUGCUACUUGAAAGUUGUAAUUUGCAACAGUAUCAGACUACAACUACUUCGCUACUAUACGCCCCCUCAUUGAACGAUAUAGUAACACGUAGUUUUAAAUUUAAUUUCGUCUAGGCUGUAGUUUAUCCGUGAAGGCGAUUGGCGUCGGUAUAAAAGUUGCUGGUAAGGAUUAUGGCAGCGUGCAUGGCUUGUACGCCAACACAAAUAAUGCUAUAAGUGAUGUGUCGUAUCACGACGUCAUCGUUUAUGUCCGUUCGCGUCCUGGCCCGAGUUAA